AUGACACGUGUAACUCUUAACAUCGGUCUUUUCGGCUGUGGCACCGUAGGUGGCGGUGUCUUUGACCUCCUUCAUAGCCCCUCACGACGUCAAACAUUCCAACGAAUGGGCGUAAAGGCGCUCGUGUCCAAGAUCUGUGUCCAGAACAUGAGCAAAGAUCGGCAAUUGAGUCACUUCUCGGCUUCGGAGACCAAGUUUACAAGCAAUUACAGUGAUAUUCUUGACGAUCAAGACAUUAACUGCAUUGUAGAGCUCAUGGGCGGCAUUGAGGAUGCAAAACACGUGGUUUUUGGUGCCAUUAAGGCCGGGAAACACGUGAUCACAGCCAAUAAGGCACUUGUGGCGAAUUUUAUGCCCGAAAUCGUCCAAUUGUUACAAGAUCACCCGGAUGUUCGCUUUGGUUAUGAAGCGGCAGUAGCCGGUGGAAUUCCCAUCAUCCACACAUUGCAGGAUGCAUACAAUAGUGACACUAUCACAGAAAUUGCAGGUAUUAUGAAUGGUACUACCAAUUACAUGUUGUCGAAAAUGGAGACUGAAGGUGUGGCAUACGAUGUCGUACUUAAGGAGGCACAGGAUUUAGGAUAUGCUGAAGCUAAUCCUAGUGCUGAUGUAGAUGGCUACGAUGUUCAAAGCAAGAUUUCCAUCUUGGCAAAGUUGGGCUUUGGUGGUGUUGUGAAACCGGGGGAUGUCCCGACUGUAGGUAUCUCACGCAUCACUUCUGCUGACUUUGAGUAUGCCAAGAUGAUGGACAGUACGAUCAAGUUGCUGGGUGUUGCCAACUUGUUGAAACCUGCUGAUGAAAAGACAAAAACACCUCAGCAAGUGGCAGUUUACGUGUCGCCUGUUGUUAUUAAUCGUAACAACGUCAUUGCGAGCAUCAGUGGAGCGACAAAUUUGGUGAAUGUACGCUCGGAUAAUCUGGACAGCAGCGCAUACGUCGGUCCGGGUGCUGGACGUUUCCCAACAGCUAACUCGGUCAUGAAUGACAUUAUUCAAUUGGCGCGCGGUGACGCCCCACUUUACCCGUUCAAAGAAUCAGUGCCGCUAAUACUGCAAACUGACUACGAGGCGCACUUUUACGUGCGUAUUACAAUUAAGGAUGGCUUGGGCGUUAUUCGCCACGUGGGUCAGAUCGCUGAGGAGAGCGGUGUGUCCAUCUACUCGAUCCUGCAGGCGCCAAUCGUCGAUCGUGCCAAGGUGCAGUUUGUCGUCACCACGGAUACGUCGGUGUUGUCCAAGGUACGCUUGAUGUGCAAGAAGAUUGCCGAGCUGCCUUUCGUCCAGGAAGAGCCGCUAUUCCUGCCGAUAAUGUAA